ACUGUUCGCGAAAGACCUGAGCUGUGCGUACAGCCCAGACCGCGGACAAGACAACCAACACAACUCCAAAACUGCUCAGUUCAGUUAUUGUCAAGAAGCCUUUCGAGCUGACAAGGCCCACGCGGGAGACUACCUGAGGAGCAGCAGGCGGCUGGCGCCGGAGCUGCGGGACCUGAUCGUGUGCAUCAUCAACAAGGUCGCGGUGCAGCUGGCGGAGCAGCAGCAGCGCAGCAGCAGCAGCAGCAGCAGCAGCAGCAGCAGGCCGGACUCGCUGGACCCGCGGGUUGCUGCUGUCGUGGGCGUUGCUGCGCAGCUCUUCGACCGCUUCAUGGCUGCUGUUGCUGCAGCAGAUGCAGCGCUGGGGCCCGGCGGCGAGCGGAAGCAGCAGCACCCGCUGCGGGCCCUCUGCGGGCGGGGGCCCCCGGGGGCCCCCGCGCCCACGGGUUUGCUGCUGCACCAGCUCAUCGCCAUUGCUUGUCUGGGCUUUGCAGACAGGCUGGAGGCCAUCACCUCCACGGACUACUCCGCAAUAGUUGCUGCUUGGAAGCAGCACACC